AUGGUUUACCAUGCAAUUCAAGAGGCUAGCAGCGAGGUAACGCCAGAAGAACUUGCAGCCAUGGACGACAAGAUCACAUCUCUGAAGGAGCAACUCGAAUCUGUCAAAGUACAAGAAAAGACUCUCAAAGCCGAGCUUGCCGUGCUAAACUCCCGUGUCUCAAGCACAGAGCUUCUCUCGCAAAUCGGCCAGUUAGAGCUGAGGAAGGAUACACUGAACGAUCAACUUGCCCACCUCUGCAAGGAGACGGCUACAGACAGGAUAGUAACAGAGGAAGAAAGCAACCGUGUCCAGAAAAACUGGGCAACGUGGAAGAAGCACGCUUCUCUCCGAAAACUGGCGUGUCGAGAGCUGUGGUUAAAAUGCACAGAGGUCCUGCCCGACAACGUCAAAAGCAGGGAAGAACUCUGGGAGUCGUUCGGGAUGGAAGGAGAGCUGUAA